AUAUGCAUUUCACACAAGAGGACAUUUUCGUGCACCAAUACAUUCCAGGCAAUGUACAAAGCCUAAGAUUGUGCAAUCGACCAUACUGAAAUCGAUCCGUGUGCUAGAACGAACCAAUCUAUCUGAGCUUACUUUAACUGAUUUAAACGACCUGCACAAGCUCGAGAUCGAUGAAAAUAAUACGAUCACACAGCUUUUAGUGAGUGUUUCGAAGCUGGCUGCCAUUCCGGAAACGAUAGGAAAUUUAAAGGCAGCGCUCAAGAUCGCCUUCACGAAUUGCCCUAUCGAGGUACUGAACCUAGAGAUGUUUUGCGACCUGUCCAAGCUUCGAGUACUAAAUUUCAAUGAAAACCGUAUACAUAGGCUAUCCAAUAGUGCAACAAAACAUUGCAGGUUUUAUGAUACGUUGCAGACAUUGUCCAUAUCUAAAAACUUGAUGAAACAGUUCCACCUGGACUUGUUCAACCCUUUCGGCAGCCUACAGCUGCUAGAGGCUAAACACAAUGCAAUAAUGUCGAUACGCGGUAGCUUCAACUCGGUGGCAUAUUUAACGCUAGUUUUAACGAAAAACAAACUAAAAACGUUAGAUCUAUGCAGAUGGAACGUACCCAACAUGGUAAUAUUAAAAUUAGACUACAAUAACUUAACCACGAUACCGACCUGUUUGGAUAGUCUGGUCAAUGUAACAGUGCUAAACUUAGCACACAAUCAAGUAACGCAUGCAACCAUACAAAAAUUCUCACAAAUGAAGCGUUUAAGAGAAUUAGUACUGUCGUUCAACAACUUAACCACAUUUACGCUCAACAGUUCCGAGUAUCCAGCCAGUCUGGAAACUAUCGAAUUGGUGAACAAUAAUCUUACCGAGCUUGAUUUGUCCCUCGUUCCCGGUCCAUCGCUCGAUGUUUACGUUGCAAGAAAUUGCAUUUCAAGGGUUGAUGUGGAACGCAUCUCACCAAACGUUACCAAGCUUUUCAUGUGGCUCAAUCCAACCGAUUGCUCGUGGCAAACGGCUGAACAGAGGAGUAAUUUUACUUGCGUUGAAAAUGCAUCGAUUAAGCAAAGCUGCACGUAGUUAUUGCAUUGGUACAUUUAUGAUCUAUACAAGACUCUAGCCAGCACCAACAAAGUAAUAUGAAAAGGAAACCAGCAAGAACAGGAGGUAAACAAAAUUUUAUGUUACAAUUUUUAUUAUCCUAUGGAUAUGUAAACAUUUUUCCAAACACGCUGUGAAAGAAUCGAAAUGUCCGGAGACUCUCGAUAUACGAUUGCAUUCAGAACGGAGAAAAUGUACCGGAGCAUGAUGAAUUAGUCGUGUCCGUCGAAUAUCUGUUAAUACAACGUUGAUAAACACAAGUGGAAGGGCGAAUAAAGUGUAUAAAGUGUACGUUAACUAACCUA